AUGUCGAGUCCUUCACACGUCCCAAGGCUCGCCGACGUAGGCAUCCUUGAGCUCUUACAAAAUGACGAUCGCCCGACCUUCGUUCUUGGACCAUCGGCUACGCUAACCACAUCACAAUACGAGCAAGAGAUUGUGUUCACGAACAUCGCCCUUGAUACCUUUUUAGCUGAACAUGCACAACCGGGUGCUUUCGACUCUUGGUCCCGAGCGUUGAUCGAAAGUCCAAAAGAGCGUGGCAGGACAUGGACAUUUUCUGGAAGAGCCUGGACAAGCACACUGGUUGGGGGCAUAUGGCGAAUAGUGUACUGUGCCCAACAAACGAUUAUUACGGAUGCGAACCCGAAGCCUGAGCCCGGUAACGAACUACAGCAUGAUGGUCGUGUGAGCAGGCGAAAGCCUCUGUCAUGGGACGCACCUCCACCGCCGCCGUCAUGGGAUGUUCUCACACCUCCACCGCCGGCAGGAUUAACGCCCAAGGUUCUGGACUGGACGAAGUUUGAUGUACCGGAUCUCCCUCCGCACGUUCAGUUUAUCAAAAACUUCGAUUGGGCUUCAACACCGAUAGGUCCUAUCAACAAGUGGCCGGGUCACUUGAGUGCCUUUGUCAUUAGUAUCUGCACAAAUCCUGAUCCACGCAUCAUAGUAUGGGGCGAGAAGCUCACCAUGAUCUACAACGAAGCUUGCGCCUCCUUAAUUGGUGAAAAGCAUCCUUACGCCAUGGGAAGGAGUUGCUCCGAGAUACAAGCAGAGAUAUGGCCGCAGAUGUCGACGCUGUUCCAACCCGCACUUCUGGAGGGCAAAGCGAUUAAAUCUACCAAAGAGCUCUCGUUCCAAGAAAGGAAUGGCCUCCUUGAAGAGACCUACUGGAACUUCAUCAUCUUCCCAAUCAUUGGUGAGGAUGGUUAUGCUAUGGGCGCAAUACAUUCCUUGGUAGAGUUGAGUUCGCUUGUCAUCAACGAACGCAGAGCAACUGUGGUUGAGAAGACGAAGGAGCGGGUUUCCACCAGUACAACCAUAUCUGAAAUUUGGACCCAAUGUCUAGCUUCUCUUGAGGCGUACCCAGAGGACGUUCCUUUUGCACUAAUCUACUCCAACGACGAUGACAGCAUCUCGUCAGCUUCCAGCUCCUGGGCGAACUCUCUGAAGAAAUAUCAACUUCAUGGUUCUCUCGGUAUCAAUCAGAAUAAUUCUGCAAUACCCAGUACAUUCGACCUAACUGAAAGCAAAUCAGUCUAUGGUUUGGCCAGGGCUUGUCGAAGCGCUGUCAUUGACAAAACGACAGUUAUCCUGCGCCGUCGUGACAACACAUUGCCUGCCGACCUUGCAACAGCAAUACCUGGUCGAGGUUGGGAGGAUCCGGUCGAAACGGUUUGCGUGAUGCCGAUUGCUUUAAAUGGCGCUGGCGCUCUGGCUUUCUUCAUACUUGGACUUAAUCCUCGAAGGCCGUUUAACGAAGACUCUCUGCAGUUUGCGCACAAUCUUCGUGAUGUGCUUACGAAGUCCACCUCGCUUCUCAGUCAAGCCAAGUUUGAGGAAAUCCAUGACAACCUCUCGGCGCAAUUGAAGAUAAGCACUUUGAAAGCAGCGCGCAACGAGGAAAAGUUCACUCGCAUGGCUGAGACAGCACCAAUAGGAAUAUGUACCCUGGCACCUGACGGCAAACCCAUUUAUUGUAACGACGAAUAUCUCAGACUUGUUGGCACGCCACGAGAGUACGACUGGCAGGCAAUCUGGGAUUCUCAAGCAAAAUGGCAAGAGCAUGUCCAUCCCGAUGACAUACAUGGUAUCGCGGUAGCCUGGAAGACACUUUUGGCCAAGGAGAAGACCUCAGUGAAUGUUGAGUACAGAGUCACGAGGCCUUGGACUUCUGUGGACAAAGCCACUGGUAGUCAACUUACCGGUCCGACAUGGCUGAUGAACUAUGCGGCAGCGGAAUAUGAUGAAAACGGUGAUGUAAUCUUUAUUCAUGCCUGGCUGCAUGAAACCUCCUUCAGACAUUACACAGAAACUCUGUUGUCCAAUCGCCUGCAGGAAGCACUGGAGACAAAGCGUGCUUCCGAAAACUUCAUCGACAUGGUCUCUCAUGAGCUCCGAAACCCUCUUUCAGCAAUUUUGCAAUCAGCAGAUGGUAUAAUAACAGGUCUUGACGACCAGGAAGCACGGAAGAAGAAAGGCACCGAAAUGCUCGACGGAGUUCUUGAAGCAGCUCAGACCAUCAUUCUGUGCGCCCAACAUCAGAAAUGCAUUGUUGAUGACAUCUUGUGCCUUUCGAAGCUCGACUCAAAUCUUCUGGUCAUCACCCCGGAUAAGGUCUCGCCACCACAAUUGAUAGGCAAAGUCCUCAAAAUGUAUGAAGCCGAGCUCGCAAGAGCAUCGGUUCUAGGUAAGAUGGAGGUCGAACAGAGCUACCAUGACAUCCUGAACUCUCGUCAUGCAAUGUUGGAUCCGAGUCGCCUACUCCAGGUGAUCAUAAACUUGCUCACGAACGCGAUCAAAUUCACCCAAUUCUCCGAGAAACGUGGGUUGACAAUAUACCUUGGAGCCUCGUAUGAAAGACCAACUGGAGCCCGUCACAAUCUAGCUUUCAUCAAACCCCGUAACGCGCGACACGAGCACUCGGUACCUCUAUCUUCUGAAUGGGGUCAGGGCGAAGAUGUAUAUUUACAGAUUGCUGUUCAAGAUACAGGGAGAGGACUUAGCGAGGAGGAGAUGAGUCUCCUGUUCCAACGCUUCUCCCAAGCCAGCCCAAAGACUUACAAACAGUACGGAGGAAGCGGUCUAGGGUUAUUCAUUAGUCGAGAACUGUGCGAGUUACAAGGUGGCCAGAUCGGUGUCAGUAGCCCUGGGCCGGGACAGGGAACCACCUUUGCUUUCUAUGUCCGUGCUCGACGAUGUCCCCAAGAAGCGACUUCCACUCCGGAGUCGCCCGUUGCUUUACAACACGUCUGGAACACACCGGUCACUGGUUCGACAGCUAUGCCACAGCCUCACGAUUUCGGUGGCGUCAAAAAUAUUCGCCCCUCCGCUCCAAUACGCACACGUUCGUCCACAAAUACACGGACACCGUCAAAACCAGCUACAUCUGAUAGACCAUUGCAUGUACUCGUCGUUGAAGACAACUUGAUCAACCAGCGAGUCAUGGCCCAACAGCUUCGAAAGCAAGGCUGUAUCGUUCAUAUCGCCAACCACGGACUCGAAGCACUCACUUUCCUUGGCACUUCCGCCUUCUCUUCAGCAAACCCUUUGACGCCUCUGGACGUAGUACUCAUGGAUCAAGAAAUGCCAGUCAUGGACGGCAUCACCUGCGUAAGAGAGAUUCGAGCUCGAGAGGCGACUCAAGAGUUCAAUGGACAUGUACCGGUCAUUGCUGUUACAGCCAACGCGAGGAGCGAGCAGAUCACGGUCAUGAUGCAAGCUGGCAUGGACUCAGUGGUAACAAAACCCUUCAGAAUCCCUGAGCUUGUGCCACAAAUGCGGAAACUAGCCGAAAAUACUAACCCAUCUCAAUCGACCGAUGGUGAGGGUGAUGACACCAAAGAACGACCUCCAAUACCUCCCGAGCCGCAGGAUUCGGGAAACGCAACUGUGGUUCCAGAGCGUCCCAAAGUGACCACAAAAAUAUCCUCGACAUGGGAGAAGGUCAAGGGCGACCAAGCAUCAAACUGUCGCUACCGAUAUCUUUCAAGACAUGGAUACAGAUUCAUGAUGUGGUAA